UGGUAGCUGAGUGCAACACGCGAUCCCCAUCAAACCUUCGGAGUGACGACAGAUGACAGCAGCCGCUUGCCUAGCCAAGGUUUUCUUCGAUGCCAAUCUGUGCACGCCAGGAGCAGGGCUGGACCUUUCGGUGCAGGAAAAUGUGUUGGAUCCAUCGCUGGACGAUCGCUAUCACCUUCGCCUUCCUACUGGCCAGUGUACCGCUUGUCUCGACGGUGAACGAUACGAGCGCCGGUUUGGGGCGCUCUAGGCGCUUCAUAAGCUACCCGAUCAAUGGUGGAAUAGCCAAGAUGGUGCUCGGAUUUCUGACGCCCGUCCGGUUCCAUCAUCCGCUCGCUCGCAGCCUGAACUGUGGAGUGAACGUACAGGCGAACUAUGCGAUCCCUGACAAGAUCAUCUUUCCCCACCCCGAAUCGGUGUUCCAGAAUCGCCGGUACACCGACGCUGCCGCUGGUAGUCGGAAGCGUCUCUUUGGAGUGCUCGAGAAGAUGCUGCGUGUGUCGUUUGGUGCUGGGCAACGUGCUCGCCAGUGUUUGCUGCGUACCGUGUGCGAAGUCGCGGACACUCCCCUGAAGCACAAUGGGCUAGUUGGGGAACUGCUGGAUGUGGUGUUCACACCUCAACCAUCGGACAAACUUUCGCCGAAUUUUCUGAAAGCACGUCGAUACGGUGCAAAGGGGCUGGAUUGCUCGCGAAUAUAUUCUCGCUGCAGUUGGGGAUAUGGUUUGCUUGAUCGUGUUUCUCGCUUGUACUUGUAAGCGUUUCCAGAUUUCC